UUGAAAUUAAUAUAAAAUGUCUGCUUUGAAACACUUUGUGUUUCCCGAUCAUGCACCAAAUUCUGGGACUGUGAAGGCAAAGUGCAAAUAUUGUCCAACAUACAUCUCUGGCAAUGCCAAAACAACAUCAAACUUUGUGACACAUUUAAAGAGAAAGCACAGAGACAUUUUCAUUCAAAGUAAAUCUGAGGAUGGUACACAAAUAUCGCAAACAAAUAUAAGCAACUUUACAAAAUCUACAUCAGUUUCAAAAUACUCUGCCAAUGAUGCUUCUCAAAUGCAGAUUACAGAUGCUUUGGUUUCAUUUGUAGCUGGAAAUUUAACACCACUCUCAGUUGUAGAGAGUCCCGAAUUCAAGACCUUUGUCGAAUCAUUGAAUCCAAAAUAUCAACUUCCUAGCAGGAAACAUCUUUCUACCAAACUAUUACAUCAGAAAGCAAGCAAUAUUCAAUCAAAUAUAAAGGAAAAAUUACGCUCAGCAGAAAGUGUGUGUCUGACUAUCGAUUUAUGGUCUAAUCGUCAGAUGAAGGGAUUCUUAGGAAUCACAGGUCAUUUCAUACUUGAUUGGUGCAUGAAGUCUAUCAUGGUAUCUUGUAAACGUUUUAAGGGGAAACACUGUGCUGAGAAUAUACGCCAGGAAUAUGAAGAGGCAGUUGCUUGUUACAAUAUUGCAGACAAAAUUACAAACAUUAUAACUGACAAUGCUUCAAACAUGACCAAAGCAUUUGACUUCAGUCUCCCGGGAUAUACAUGUAAUAAUGAGGAAAAAAAUUCUAAAUCAGACAGUGAAGAUGAAAAUGACGAAUCUGAAUUGGAACCUAUUAAUAUUGACUUUCCUGAAGAUGAUUUACCAAAACAUGGAAGAUGUUAUGCUCAUACCCUACAACUGGUGGUAAGAGAUGGAUUAAAGGAUGCUAGUCCACAUUUAAAAACAGUUAUCAGUAAAGCAUCAAAUAUUGUAAGAUAUGUGCGAAAGUCCAUAAAUGCAUCUGACAUCCUAGAAGGGGAGAAAAGGCUACAAGCUGAAAACGCAACACGGUGGAAUUCACAAAUAACUAUGAUUCGCUCUGUUCUUGAAGUGUCUGAAGAAAAGUUGAAUAAACUAGAUACAAUUAAACUCACUGGAUAUGAGCGUAAACUAUUACAAGAACUAUGCUUAGUGCUUAAGCCUUUUGAGGAUGCCACAAUAAUGGUACAAAAGGAAAUUAAUGUGUCAGGAAGUUUAGCUGUUCCAGUUACACUAGGACUCGAACACAAACUUGCAGAACUGUCUACCACAUACAACAACAAAAUGGUUUCAACACUGAUGUCCUCAAUGACAAAACGACUAUUAUGCUUUAAAUCUGAAGAUGUAUAUCUGAUUUCAGCAAUAUUGGAUCCUAGGUUCAAACUAAGAUGGUCAAAAGAUCCAGUUGCAAUGGAGGAGAAGCUUCUAACAUAUGCAAGGAAGCAAAAAGUUGAUUGUGAAAAUUACAGUGAUGAAAGUUCUCCCCCAAGGAAGAUGUCCAAAUCUGAUGACACAGGAUUGUUCAGUUUCAUGACACCAACAAAGGGGAGGAAAAAGCAUAUCUCAGGUGAUAUUGUUAAAAUGGAAAUUUCGCAAUACCUUCUUGAGCCAUGUGAUGAUGCAUGUGAUCCAUUAAAGUACUGGAAUGAUCAUACUGAGAUAUACCCAAUACUGACAAAACUUGCAAAAACUUAUCUCACAAUUCCUGCUACUUCUGCUCCAGUUGAACGACUUUUUAGUGUUGCUGGAAAAUUCUUUAGGCCAGAUAGAUGCAGACUUAGUGAUUCAACCUUUCAAAUGCUGAUGAUGAUAAAAUGCAAUGAAAAAUUUGCAAUUGCAUAAAGGACUUAUGGCUGCAUUAUCAAACAGUACAAGUAUCACUUUACUUAACUUGUAUAUAUUUAUGAUAUUAAAAAAAUUCUAUAGAUUUAGUUUGUUGAUGUUAAGUAAAAUAUACAAUGUAAUCAUAAGUAAUCACAAGUAAUCAUGAUUACAAUGGAGAAAAGUAAUCUAAUGUAAUCAAUUACAUUUGAAAUUGGGUGUAAUCAUAAUGUAAUCGAUUACAUAAAAUAAGCAAAGUAAUUGUAAUGUAAUCGAUUACAUUUCAAAGUAAUCGACCCCAUCCC